AUGACUGGAAUAUUUUCAAACUUUGGAAAAAGACUCAGCAUUGCAUUCUCAGGCGAAAAGAACAUGGCGCCUACUGGUAUUCUGAAGGUUGAGGGGACGAAGAUUGUUGAUACGGAUGGAAAGGAGGUCCUUUUGCGUGGGGCUGGUGUAGGAGGAUGGGCAAAUAUGGAGAACUUCAUCACUGGUUUCCCAGGACGCGAAUACCAGAUUAGGCAAGCUCUUGCCGAGGUUCUUGGGAAGGAGAAAGCUCAGUUCUUCUUCGACAAGUUCCUCGAAUACUUCUUCACGGAGCAAGAUGCCAAAUACUACAAAUCCCUCGGUCUCAACUGCAUUCGUGUUCCAUUCAAUUACCGCCACUUCGAAGAUGACAUGAACCCUCGCGUCCUUAAGCCUGAUGGUUUCAAGUGGCUCGACCGCAUUGUCAACCUCUGCGCCGCCGAAGGCAUCUACACCAUUCUAGACAUGCACACCGUUCCCGGCGGCCAAAACGGUGACUGGCACUCAGACUCCGCCCACCACGUUGCCGAGUUCUGGAACCAUAAGGAUUUCCAGGACCGCUCAGUGUGGCUAUGGGAGAAGAUUGCCGAGCACUUCAAAGGGAACCCGUGGAUUGCCGGGUACAACCCACUGAAUGAGCCUUGCGAUCCUACACACGAGAGGCUGCAGGCCUGGUACCAUCAGGUCUACCCGGCGAUCAGGAAGAUCGACCCAGACCAUAUCUUGUUCCUGGAUGGAAACACCUUUGCGUCAGAUUUCUCGCACUUUGAUGUUGAGGAAACAUGCAAGAAGUGGGAGAACACUGUGUACUCAGUGCACGACUACUCAAACUACGGGUUCCCGGCCUCUUCAGAGACAUACACCGGUACCGAGGAGCAGAAAGCGAGGAUAAAGCGAAGCUAUCUCAGGAAGGUACAGUGGAUGAAGGAAAACAACCUCCCUAUCUGGAACGGAGAGUUCGGCCCGGUGUAUGCCAGGAAGGAGUACGACGGAGAGGAAGAAACCCCAAAGAUCAAUGACAGCAGGAUCACGCUCCUCAAAGAUCAAUUGGAGGUUUAUGAUGAGGACCGAAUCUCAUGGAGUAUCUGGCUAUACAAAGACAUUGGGUACCAGGGAAUGGUCUAUAUCAACCCUGACACACCUUAUAUGAAGCUCUUCCGUGGCUUCCUCGACAAGAAAUUCCGCCUUGCUAUCGACGCCUGGGGUGCCGAUGACUCCAAGAUUCGCGACGUCAUGGAGCCCUUUGAGCAGUUCAUCACCGACAACGUUGACCCCAAGUACCGCAACCUCUACCCAUCCCCAGUGUGGAAAUUCAAGGACCGUAUCGCCCGUAUCUCGCGCAACAUUCUAUUAGCCGAGUUUAUGGUCAAGGAGUGGGCGGACCACUUCGAGGGUAUGGAUGAGAAGCAGCUAGAUGAACUGGCGCAGAGCUUCAAGUUUGAGAACUGCGUCCACAGGGAUAGCCUGAAUAAGGUGUUGAGGGACCAUAGGGGCAUAGCGUAG